UAAUCUUGAUAGAUUGAGAUGUUUUUAGACAUUAAUAAUCUUGUUAUUUUCUCGAUAUCCAUUUCCUGACUGAUCCUUUAAUCAUAUUAUUUUGAUAAUUAUCACAUCACUUCUAAUUUCAUAAAUUACAAUUUAUAUACAUUAUCUAAUCAUAUUAAGCACAAUCUAACUAUCUUUAAUUACUAUUGUUAUCAUACCAUUUAUUUGCACAUUGUUUGGGAUCCCUAGUAGGAUGCCUAGCUGCUAUCCUCUCCCAUGGCAAGCCAUAGAACAGAUCUUCUAUAUCUUCAGUCUCAAGUUCAUCUUUGAUGGCCUGGACCAACUGAAUUUCCUCUUCUUUACUCCAAAUUCCUUGGUCUGUAACAUACAUUUACAAAUUAGCAAGGUUUAUCACUCACAAGGUUUAUUAUUCACAAGGUUUAUCACUCACAAGGUUUAUUAUUCACAAGGUUUAUUACUAACAAGGUUUAUCACUCACAAGGUUUAUCACUCACAAGGUUUAUUAUUCACAAGGUUUAUCACUCACAAGGUUUAUUACUCACAAGGUUUAUUAUUCACAAGGUUUAUCACUCACAAGGUUUAUUAUUCACAAGGUUUAUCACUCAAAAGGUUUAUUAUUCGCAAAGUUUAUCACUCACAAGGUUUAUUACUCACAAGGUUUAUCACUCACAAGGUUUAUCACUCACAAGGUUUAUUACUCACAAGGUUUAUCACUCACAAGGUUUAUCACUCACAAGGUUUAUUACUCACUGGUUUAUCAUGCAUAAGGUUUAUCAUUCACAAGGUUUAUCAAUCACAAGGUUUAUUAUUCACAAAGUUUAUCACUCACAAGGUUUAUCACUCACAAGGUUUAUUACUGACAAGGUUUAUCACUCACAAGGUUUAUUACUCACAAGGUUUAUCACACACAAGGUUUAUUAUUCACAAGGUUUAUCACUCACAAGGUUUAUUAUUCACAAGGUUUAUCACUCACAAGGUUUAUCACUCACAAGGUUUAUUACUCACUGGUUUAUCACGCAUAAGGUUUAUCAUUCACAAGGUUUAUCAAUCACAAGGUUUAUUAUUCACAAGGUUUAUCACGCACAAGGUUUAUUACUCACAAGGUUCAUCACGCACAAGGUUUAUCACGCACAAGGUUUAUUAUUCACAAGGUUUACUAUUCACAAGGUUUAUCACUCACAACAUUUAUUACUUAUAUUAAAGUUUAUUUCCAAGUCUAUUGAUUGUGUAAGUUGAAUAUCAUUAAGAGCUACAAAUAAUUUAAUGUCAGGGAGAAUACAUAACAGCUACAUGUAUUUAAAACCCUUUAAAUAACAUUUUACUUACUCUUUUUUGAACAAUGUGAACGAUAAGAACUAACACAAGCCCAUCCACUAUGGUCCAAUUUCUCACCAAUCAUGGUCCAUUUGUUACCAUAUUCAUUUUGUAGGACCUUUAGCUUUUUAAUAUUUUCAUCACUCAUUCU